GGCAGGAACAGAGGUGAACAACCGAGGUCUAGUCGUGCGCCUGCGUACUGCGGCCGGAGGGCAGAGGUCGCCCGGCUAGACCCUUGCAGAUUUCCGCAAAACGCGCGAGACUUCCUCCCGAGCUCGUCAGCGGAGUUAUUUUAUACAGAAGUCUUGUGAGACCACUGUGCAAACAAGGUGAUGAUUGUACAAAGAGUGGUAUUGAAUUCCAGACCUGGAAAAAAUGGUCAUCCAGUGGCAGAAAAUUUCCGAGUAGAAGAAGUAAACUUACCAGAUUGUGUCAAUGAAGGACAAGUACAAGUCAGAACUCUUUAUCUUUCUGUGGAUCCUUACAUGCGUUGUAGAAUGAAUGAAGACACUGGCAGUGACUAUAUAACACCUUGGCAGCUGUCUCAGGUGGUUGAUGGUGGAGGUGUUGGGAUUAUAGAAGAAAGCAAACACACAAAUUUUACGAAAGGCGAUUUUGUGACUUCCUUCUGUUGGCCCUGGCAAACCAAGGUUAUUCUGGAUGGAAAUAUCCUUGAAAAGGUAGAUCCACAACUUGUGGAUGGACACCUUUCAUACUUUCUUGGAGCUAUAGGGAUGCCUGGUUUGACUUCCUUGAUUGGGGUACAGGAAAAAGGUCAUAUAACUGCUGGAUCUAAUCAGACAAUGGUUGUUAGUGGGGCUGCUGGUGCUUGUGGAUCCUUGGCUGGGCAGAUUGGCCAUUUGCUGGGCUGUUCCAGAGUUGUGGGAAUUUGUGGAACACCUGAGAAGUGCCUCUUUUUGACCUCAGAAUUGGGCUUCGAUGCUGCAAUUAAUUAUAAAGAGGAGAAUGUUGCAGAACAACUCCAUAAAUUAUGCCCAGCUGGAGUGGAUGUUUACUUCGACAAUGUUGGCGGUGACAUCAGUGAUACAGUGAUAAGUCAGAUGAAUCAGAACAGCCACAUCAUCCUAUGUGGUCAAAUUUCUCAGUACAACAAAGACGUGCCUUAUCCUCCUCCACUAUCCCCUGCUAUAGAAGCAAUCCAGAAAGAAAGAAACAUCACAAGAGAACGAUUUCUGGUGUUAAAUUAUAAGGAUAAAUUUGAGUUUGGUAUUCUCCAACUGAGUCAAUGGUUUAAAGAAGGAAAGCUAAAGAUCAAGGAGACUAUGGUAAAUGGAUUGGAAAACAUGGGAGCUGCAUUCCAGUCCAUGAUGACAGGAGGUAACAUCGGAAAGCAGAUAGUUUGCAUUUCAGGAGAUACCUCUUUGUAAUCUCCAUAAACAUCUUCAUCAAGGAAAUACAUGGAUUUCUUUCCAUUCUGCCGAAAGAUUUCAAGAUACAUUAAAAAAAAACCCUUAAGAGUAUAGAUAGUUUUUGCUUUAAAUGUGAUAAUAGGUGAUAUUUUCUUAGUUGCACAACAUAAUU